CGGAGCAGUGCUGGGGUGAGCACCCCCUCGGGGUCCAUGUGCCCGCCCGAGGCCCAGGCAGAGGUGGGCCCCACCAUGACCGAGAAGGCCAAGAUGGUGUGUGCCCCCAGCCCAGUGCCUGCCCCGCCCCCAAAGCCUGCCUCGCCUGGGCCCCCAAAGGCGGAGGAGGUGGGCCACAGAGGCUCCUCGCCACCCAGGCUGCCCCCUGGCGUGCCAGUGAUCAGCCUGGGCCACACCAGGCCCCCAGGGGCAGCCAUGGCCACCACGGAACUAAGCACCCUCCGUCCCCCGCUGCUGCAACUCUCCACCCUGGGAACCGCCCCAGCGCCCCUGGCCCUGCAUUACCACCCUCACCCCUUCCUCAACAGCCUCUACAUUGGGCCGGCAGGACCUUUCAGCAUCUUCCCUAGCAGCCGGCUGAAGCGGAGACCAAGCCAUUGUGAGCUGGAGCUGGCUGAGGGGCACCAGCCCCAGAAGGUGGCCCGGCGCGUGUUCACCAACAGUCGGGAGCGCUGGCGGCAGCAGAACGUGAACGGCGCUUUCGCCGAGCUCAGGAAGCUGCUGCCAACGCACCCGCCCGACCGGAAGCUGAGCAAGAACGAGGUGCUCCGCCUGGCCAUGAAAUACAUUGGCUUCCUGGUGCGGCUGCUGCGCGACCAGGCAGCGGCUCUGGCCGCAGGCCCCGCCCCUCCAGGGCCCCGCAAACGGCCGGCGCACCGAGCCCUGGACGACGGCGCCCGCCGCGGGCCUUGUCGCAGGGCCGAGGUGGUGGCGCGCCCGCAGCCCGCGCCCCCAGGCGGCCCCGAUGGCAGCCCCGGUGGGGCGGGCCGACCCAUCAAGACAGAAAAAGCGGCUGUGAGUCCGGAGGUGCGAUGACCUCCACGGUGUCGCCUCUGAGCCGAAGGGCACUGGGAACUCAGCCCAGGGCCGUCCAGGAAGGGGCGGACGACGCUCAGCGCCUGCCCUGGAGAUAACUCCCCUGAAGAAGGGCCAGGGAAGAGUCCCCUACAGGGGAAAGGGCCCGGGGGUCUGGAAGGGCGACCGUCGCCCCCAUGGGCCCUGCAGACCCUUUUAUCGCCCACCUCCCGCUGGAAGUGGCCUCGUCCGCGUACCCCUCCCGGGGGAGAGGUCCGGGAACCAACACGUCAGAGCGGUCAUCGGA